AUGAUUUUACUGUCAUUGAUGUUCACAGAAUCCAUGAAGUCGCUCUUGACUUCUGUGACUUCCAAGGUAUCCGCAUUCGAGUUUUACCACUGUGUUGCAUGUCAGAGUGACAACACAGGUGUCAAGCCUAUCAAGGAUCAAUAUUCUUGGUGCAACCUCAAGGCACUAAAACAGGCAGGUCAUGGGCAUGACCCAGCUGGAGUUAGCGCUACCAAAGAAGGAGAAAUCAUGGUUCUGUGUUCCGCUUGCCCUCACCCUGGCAAAAACAUGCCCGAGACAUUAGAGGACGUCUCACCUGGGAACCAAUGGAUCUACUCACUGUUUUUGGCUAUCAAUGCCAACUUUCAUCUGAAAUGCCAACUGGUAUCCAGCGAUGACAAGGACCCUGGAUUGAGCCAAGGAUGGGGUUACUUUAUCAAAGAAAGUAACUACAAGGUUAAUUGUGUUAGCCAUAACACAGUCAAUAUGGCAGACACAAAAUCUUCCAAGGGACUUGCAGCAACAGGUGUCGGCACUGUGGUUUGCGCGAGGCAUGACAUGCGGUUAGCGAAUGGCGUCAGGGAUCUUCAGAAAGGUGAAAAAUACUUGAAUAUGGAUUAUAUUGUCUUCUCCACACUUUCACGCUUUUCAUCAAUCCCAUCCCACAAAAAGCUUUGGCAUCGUCACUCAACAAUACAGGUUUUCCAUUCCGAAUUCCAUCUCGCAACACACAUUGCAGCCUGUCAAACAACUUUUUCAUUCAAUUGGUCUCCUUAUGUUGGACGGACUGACAGAGAAGUGCCAGAGUGCAGUUGGGCCAACAUAAACCGUGUUGCUGUGAGCACAAAGGAAAUGGCACCUGGUUCACGUUGA